CGACACAACAUGUGUGUACACAAUUUGGAUUAGUCUGUCAACACUGUGAUGUAAACGCGCAUUAACGAUUUGAAAGUAGGCAGUCUGCCUGCACAUUGUAACCGAGUAUCGUAUACAUUGUGUGUACCUAGACUAUGGACGAUCAUUCUACGUUCUUCAGAGUCAACAUCAGUGGGGACGAGAAGACGUCCAAGCGAUGUCAUCUUAAAGGUAUGUACGAUGUUGCUGUGAAGGACACAGGCCUGUGCCUGUGCGAUGUCAGAUCCAACCGGGUCAUGUAUGAAUGGCCGUACACCCGCAUUCGAAACUACGGAAAGACUCGCACCCAGUUUCAUUUCGAAGCUGGACGAAAUACGUUAUCUGGAGAAGGAGUUUUCACUAUGGAGACAGGAGACGGUGCUGCAAUCAUGAACAGCAUAAUUGAGAAAAUUGAAAAAGUCAAAGCAGUUGAAGCACAUGUACAAAGACCUGCAGAUGGCAGAAGGAAAGAGAGCAGAGAAGAGAAAGGUUUCGGAAAUGAAGACGCUGAUCACUUGUAUGAAAACACAGCCAAUAUCUCAUACGUGAACAUAGGGCUGUAUAACAAGAUGGCUUAGCCUCUUGUCUGGCUGGAGAAGCAGAUGUUAGAGGAUCCGGGCGGUAUGGUCGACAAUUGAGCUUGUGUUGGAACAACAGCUUCGUGGUGAACAACAUGUCCCCGUGUUAAUGAACAAAUCAACACUGAAUACAUCAACACUGAAUACAUCAACACUGAAUACAUCAACUAACAUCGUUUUCAAGGUUUCAUGUACAUUGUUUGAGAUUGGCAACUGUUCAGGUCCAUUUGGUGUAGCUUUUUCCGAUAGAUGGUGGACGAAUGUGUUUGUGUUGGAACUGUUGUUUCGUGUUGAACAACAUAUCCUCGAGUUAAUAAAUACAUCAACACUGAAAACAUC